AGCGGUGACGACCUGCCCACGAGAACAUGCCCCUCGCGAAGGACCUCCUGCACCCGUCCCCGGAGGAGGAGAAAAGGAAGCACAAGAAGAAGCGCCUGGUGCAGAGCCCCAACUCCUACUUCAUGGACGUGAAGUGUCCGGGGUGCUACAAAAUCACCACCGUGUUCAGCCACGCGCAGACGGUGGCGCAGAAAGAUCCAAAGUCUGAUGCUGCAAUCACUCAGACUUUGGAUUUCUUCCUAAAUUUUGAUAUUCAAGUUUCUUCAUGA